AUGGCUAGUGUUACUUGCGGAGCUUGUACAAUGAUUGUAACGGAAAUGGAAAUAAAGAUUGCUGAGUUGGAAGAAAAGAUACGAGAAAAAAGUUAUUAUCGACUUAGCGAAACCAAAAAUCAUGGCAUUAAUGAUAAGAAGCCAUUAUCGAGAUCGGAAAUCCAAUUAUCAGAAGUAUUGGAGACAGUUUGUGUUAAAGCUGCCGAAUGGUCAGCUGUGGUACAUCCGAGAACCGGAAAAGGUGUUUACGCACGUCGUGCAACAUUGAAAUUGAAACAAGUACCUGAACAUUUGACCAUAUAUCAGUUUGAAGAUGCGUGUAAUGAUUUUUUGGAUUCAUACGAAGAUCAACUAAUUAAAUUCGCACGCAGUAAAUAUGAGGAACCAGUGCGUCAAUUCUGCUAUGAAACGAUAGAAGUAUGUACAGCUGUUGAUGUUACACCAAUGACGGAUGAGGAAUCAGGAAAAGCUCAAAUUCUGAGCGAUGAAGAGAAAGAGAAGAAAGUAGAAAAAGCACUGGAUGAAUUAAGGAGAGAUGCUAAAGGUUUGGAUGAUGAACUCUGA